CUCACUCAGAGUGAGGAGAAGUUCGCAGUCGAGUGCCAGUCUGGUCUGUAGCCACGAUGGAAGCAAUAGAAUGCUUUCUGCUCGUCCUCCUGUUCGGUACAAGGAUACAAGAAAAUACUGCCCUACAGUGUUACUGUGAACGCUGCAGCGCCAACUCCAGCUGCACAACAGAUGGUGUCUGUUUCGUCGCCAUACGCAAGUCAGGUAGCCGGCUCACCACUGAGCAACGCCAGUGUGUACAUGAAAACGAACUGAUCCCACGAGACCGGCCUUUCAUCUGUGCCCCGUCCAUCAAACAUGACAGCGGCAUUUACCCGAUGUGCUGUACCACCGACUACUGCAACAAAGAACCUGACAUUGGCGUCAUUCCUGAUCCCACAGAAAAGACUCCUCCACUGGGCCCGGUGGCCCUUGCUGCUGUUAUCGCUGGCCCUGUAUGUCUGCUCUGCCUGCUGCUGGUUUUGGCAUUCUAUGUUUGCCACAGUCACAGGGGUCUUGGGGCAGGUGGUGCUGGGGCUCACCAUCACCACCACCACCGGGUGCCCAACGAGGAAGACCCGUCAAUGGACCAUCCUUUCAUCACUGUUGGAACAACACUGAAGGACCUCAUCUACGACAUGACCACCUCGGGCUCUGGAUCAGGUCUGCCACUGCUGGUUCAGAGAACCAUUGCCAGAACGAUUAUCCUCCAGGAGAGCAUUGGGAAGGGGCGUUUCGGCGAGGUGUGGCGUGGUAAAUGGCGUGGUGAGGAAGUGGCCGUGAAGAUUUUCUCUUCCCGAGAGGAACGCUCCUGGUUCCGAGAGGCUGAGAUAUACCAGACUGUGAUGCUGAGACACGAGAAUAUUCUGGGCUUCAUUGCUGCUGACAAUAAAGAUAACGGGACUUGGACUCAGCUGUGGCUGGUGUCAGACUACCAUGAACAUGGCUCUCUGUUUGACUACCUGAACCGUUAUACCGUCACUGUGGAGGGCAUGAUCAAACUGUCCCUGUCAACAGCCAGUGGCCUCGCCCACCUCCACAUGGAAAUAGUGGGCACGCAAGGAAAGCCCGCUAUUGCCCACAGAGACUUGAAGUCAAAGAACAUUCUGGUGAAGAAGAACGGGACUUGCUGCAUCGCUGAUCUAGGUCUGGCUGUCCGUCAUGACUCUGCCACAGACACCAUUGACAUUGCUCCAAACCACAGAGUGGGAACUAAAAGGUAUAUGGCUCCAGAGGUCCUGGACGACUCCAUAAACAUGAAACAUUUUGAGUCUUUCAAGCGAGCGGACAUCUACGCCAUGGGCCUGGUCUUCUGGGAGAUCGCCAGCCGCUGCUCUAUGGGAGGUAUUCAUGAGGACUACCAGCUGCCUUACUAUGACCUGGUACAGUCAGAUCCAUCAGUGGAGGAGAUGAGGAAGGUAGUUUGUGAGCAGAAGCUUCGACCCAACAUUCCUAACCGCUGGCAGAGUUGUGAGGCUUUGCGGGUGAUGGCAAAGAUUAUGAGGGAGUGUUGGUAUGCCAACGGUGCUGCCCGACUCACUGCCCUCCGAAUCAAGAAAACACUCUCUCAGCUCAGCCAGCAGGAGGGAAUCAAGAUGUAGACACAACUACCACACACACACACACACACACACACACACACACACACACACACACACACACACACACACACACACACACACACACACACACCUCUGACUGGCAUCCAUCAUAUCAUUCGUAUAAGAGCAUUAUUGUAUUCAUUGUUGUUGAUCAGCUGUUCCUCCCCUUUGUUUUUGAAGGGAAGUGAAGUCUUCCCCCUUUAUUUUAUCCCAUUUCAUUUAUUUACAAACUGAUGAGUCCCGCAGCUGUAACUGAGGAAUAGUGUGUAUGUGUGUGUCACAUGGGUUCACAUACACACAUGAAGGGCUGAAUGAAGGAAUAAAUGGAUUGAUGGAUCUGAUGAAGGAUGGUUGUGCCUGAAGAGGAUGAUGGAGGCAUUAAAGUAGUUCUCCACUCAUUGUUCUCCAUCCUUUUAUACUAUAUUCAUCACUUGAAGUCUUUCAGCUCCCACUUCCCACCUCCACUGCCCAUCACACACACACAGCCAAGAGCUCAGACCUCAUCAGGUAAACUAAAGGCCAGACAGACAUCUGGGAAUCACCUCAGAGGUCUCUGAGCUGCCAGAGCUUCGUUUUGCCCUCGUCUUCUCACAUCUUCAUUAUCACCCCCUGAUUUGUAAAUUAUCAUUUUAUUCUUCACUUUAGAGGGUCAAGCUUCUCUUCAGUAGGGCUGCAAGUUUUUGAUUUUUGAAAAAUAUAUCCAAUCACAGAAUAUUAAUAUUGCAAAAAAGGGUUGCAAAACCUUGCCAUAGAUCCCAAUGAUGUGUUCUAUUAACACUUUGAAGUAAGAUACAGCCUCGAAGAUACAUUCUUGAAUGAAUGUAGCAUGAACACAGCCCACAGCUGUUUAUGGGUUAACCAUUACAAGAGUUUGGCAUCAUAGUGAGCAAUGCUCUGGCUGGUGCAGCUGGUCCUUUCAACUUACAGUGGUUAAUGAAAAAAGAUCAGUUAAAACAAAUGCUAUCAGGAUUUCAACUGUUAGAAGCAGGGGAAUACCUUAGUGAUAAGUUUACCCAUUUCUUACUUCAUCAAGGAAUUUUCAGAAGGCUUUCUGUAAUUUUAAAAUGGCAAGAACAUCUAAAUCAAGUACAUUUACCUUUGCUCCAUAUUCCCUGUGCAGAGAUCUAUAGUCUUCAGUCUUUAUUUCAAACUAUGGACUCUACUUUCUUGUCUUUUGUAGGCCCACCUCUGCAGAAACCAUAGUCUUUCAUUACUGUAAUUCAAGGCAAAUCUCAAAUUGUUGUUAUUCAGAUUUAUAAAAACAACAUAUAUUCAGAGGAUUCUCAUUUUUGGAUGGUUUGAAUUCACUUGUCCUUUGUUAAAUUUUGAAGUCAGAUUGCCUUUAAAAUUCCAUUCAAUUUUAGCCUCUUUUUUGCAGUAAUUCAGUAUUAAUGGAGUUGAAUACAGCAGUUUAAUGCCAACAGUUGUGAAAUUUUUUCAUGAGAGAAAUUUAGCAUUUUGCAAAUGAUUUUCCAUCCACUGUUAUUUUUCUUUUUCUUGCUAUUUGAGCAGGUAGCACCAGAAACCUGACAGUAACUCAACUGCGAAGAACAGCAUUUCUGAGAGUAAAGAUUGGCCAUUUGCAGCCCUACUCUUGAGGGGUGAUACAGUAGAGCUGGGCACUGAAGCGAAGAUCUGGGGGUUCUGAGACAGUUUGCUGGCUGCCCUAUAGGGUCCACACAAAAGGUAGCUUAAUCUGUUCUUCAUCUAGUUGAGUUGUGAGCAGAAUCUCUCAUCUCUGCAACAGUUUUGCACCUGUUUUUCAUUUGUUGCUGUACUAUUUUCCCGUCUCCUGUCGUAUUGUCAGGGAACUGGACUGGUCAGUUUAAUUUAUUGUGUCUUUUGAAUUUUCUUUCUGGUGGGAGGGGAUCUUUUUUUGCUAAAGUAAACUGGACAUGGUGACCUCAUUCAUUUUUGGCAAACAUGCUGCAACAUAUGCAAUAUACAGUAGAUAAAUGUGUCUAUUUUCUAUACUCUGCUCUGCUAAACCACAAACGACAAGAACAACACCAACAACAAUCAGCUGCCACCAUGCCUUCCAAGCCAGCUGUUACCAGAAAGUGCCAGUGCUUUAAAACCCAACUCCUCUCACGUCGGCUGCUGUGGAGUGCGUUUGUUCUUGCGUGUAUGCAGCUCUGUGUCAAUGUGUGUGUCAGAAGAGGCCUGCAAGAGCCCUGCCCGAGCAUACAGCAAGCUCGUACUAUGCACACCCAAGUUGUAGAGACGGAUAGCAAGAAGGGACACACCACACGUCACAGCACCCACAGGCCAGCCGACACUCUGGUGCCAUUUCGUCAGACCCCCUCCUGAACACUCGACCACCUCAGCAGCAGCUCAUCGUACAGCUUCACCUCCUAGUGGACUGAGUCUGGAAACUAAGCUCCAGCAACUCAAACUGUCUGUAGUUGGAAAGAUGUCGCCACAAAAACUCAUGGCGGUUUUCAGAAAGAGACACAAAGACUUCUAAGCAUUAUUGAUGUUGCCCUAUAAAUGUACACUCUUGGAUUUCAGAUUUUUGCUCUUUCAUCUGUUUGCACCGUUGGCAGCACAGCAGCGCAAGUCAACCAUUCAAGCAUUCUGUUCUCUGUAGGAUAAUCAACAAAAAACAGUGAGGUACAUUCAUUUAAAUAUAGCAAAUGGAUAUUUACUAAGCCAUAGGUUUUUCCAGGUGUUUUUUUUUUGUUAUUGUUGUUGUUGCAAGGUCUUUUUCUACUAGAAUGUACAUUUGCGAAAAACAAAAGAUGAAAAAAUGCCUAAAAUGAACAAUUUUGUCAUUUCAGCUUAGCAAGCCUUAAGGGACCAACGCAUAAGAGUCAGAAUCUGCUCUUAUUUUGUUUUCUUUAUUUUUGUUUCUAUGAAAAACAGAUAAAUAUAUAUACAUAUAUAUAUAUAUAAUUGAUAACUAUGAUAAAAUUAGUGUCAUUCUAUGUAAACGACAGAAAAUAUAUAUGUAGCACCUGAGUUAAUGGUUUGUUUCAGUCAAGUGUUUAUCCUGCCAAAAUUGCCAUACAUCUAAACCCAUAAGAUUUUAUUUACUUGUGUCUAUCAUAAGCACUUGUCUUCUAAUACAUAAAUCAAAAACAAGUGGAGAAUUGGAUAGCCUAAAUACUUAAUGACAAACAGUGAAUGAAGGCAUCAGGUGAAUUACAUUUGCCAGACAGUGAUUUGCACAAAGAAGUCAGAAUCUCUUGAUUGUUCAGCAAUAAGUGCACUUCUUUACCAUUGCAGAGUUUACCUGUAUGGCAAUUUGGAUGUCAAUGACUCUGUCUCCAUUGUUUUUCUGUGUGGAUACAUAAUGUAUUGAUGUGCUGCUAGUUGUCCACCUCACUUUCCGAGUCGAGGUGAGAGCUGCCGUUGGAUGUAAAUAUCUUCAGAUUGCCUGAAUCUGAUCAUUCUGUGCCAUGAUAUUCUGACUCACAUCCACUUCAAAAUCAAAUCUCUCCAAGAUUUGCUGAAGCAACAGUUGUUGUCAGCCACCAUCUUUAGAAGCACAGCAGUGCACCCCACCACCCACUCCAGUAGCUUGUUCCACUGAUGUGUUCAUCAGUUCAGUCAGCUGCUGUAGUGUUCUUUCAAUGGAAGGCUGCAGCCUCUGGGCAGUGGUUGAAAACCAAUGUGCCAAUGUAUUGAUGAGCAUCAUAGUUUAUACCCUGUACUUUGAUGUUCACAUAUGGAAAAACACAGUUGGAAAUGCAGUGACAGUUUCCUCAACUAGUGUCCCAAGUGUGGAGAAAAGGAGAGGUGUUGAUUUGUUCAGUAAAAACUUUUCUUCUCCCUUGAAAAUUGUCUGCAGAAGCCCUUGUAGCAACCAAUAAUGUAUUGACAGAUAAUGUCAGAAUUUUUAAUUGAUACAAGCUGCACCUCUAGCAAGCAUUUUUAAGUGUCUAAUUCCCAAGUGAUGUACCAACAGUAUCAAUGCACUUCUACUGAGCAAAUGACUGCCAGUCAGUCAGUCAUAGUUUCAGACAGUACUUUUGAUCAGUGCAUGGUUUCUGGCGGUUCAUCUUCAAUCAGUUUUUGCUUCAGUGGACUUAAUUUUUAAACCAACCAAACAUAAAACCUCAUUAGAGUUCAGACUCAUAAACAGCCACGGAAUACACUCAAAUCUCCACAUUUGGUCUGCUUACUCAUUUUUCCAAAGCUUUUGACCAAAUUACACAAUGUUUAUCGGCAAUUGUAGCUCAAUUAGCCAUGUCUUUUGGAAUAGUUCAUCAUUUGAAUAUAUAUUAGUGUUACAUCCCACCUCUGCUAGGAUACAAGGAAACAACAUGAAGACAGUUGUUUUAGGUUUAGCAAAGUUGUUUAUUGCUUUGUAGCAUAAUUAACAAAGGAUAAACGACUUUUUGAAAGAACAGGACCAGUGGGUGUUGUUAAAUCAAUGAAUGAAAUAAAAGAUGGCAAAGAGUGUUCAAACUUGCCAUAUAAACUGUGAACUUCCUGCCCAAACUAAAAACAUGGGCAGCAGCGCUGCUGCUCUGUGUCAAGUAAAGAAUAACUGACAAAGUGUGUGCAGGUGUGUGAAAUUAUCUGAGCCUUGCCCAGUCCCCAAUCAAUCAGACCAGUGACUCAGAACAAUUGAUCGAAUACUGCAAAAAAGCUACAAGUAACCACAAGUAAGAACACAAAGCAGAGUAAUCAGUAGCAGGUAGAUAUUGAAAGGCACAAGGCUAUGGAUAGCUACUGGCAGAAGAUUACAGAAGAACCACUAGGAAGUAGGAAUACAGAAAGGAGCCACAGAGGCCACCACCCAGACUGUCGGGCUAGGUGUACUUUUAAACCCAUGUGUAGUGAUUGCAGCAAUCCAAUCAGUAACAAGAGUAAGCAGCAACAAGGACUGGGCCUCCAGGCCAGUGAGCAGAAAUGACUGGCAGGAUGUGGAGAAGGUACAGGAGUCCUCAUAAAUCAAUUUACACACAUGAACCAGGGUCAAGAAAACUUCACCUUCACAGCAUUUAUAUUUAGUGUUUAGUCUUUGACUUUAACUCUCUCCACAAAGUAAUACCAAGCUCAGCACGGCAGAGAUAGUAGAGAAGACUUCCUUUUAUGUAGUAGAUUACAUGCUCAAAAUUGUCUGCCAGCAACAGGAACAUUAAUCUGAUGUUAAAGACUAUGUGCUCCACUUAAAAGCCAAAAUUCAAAUGAGUAAAUGGACCUUCGGAUUGUUAGGUGUAAAGACAUUCUCACCAUUCAUUUUUGUCGUUUGACUUAUAAAUACUGUUACAUGUCUGAAAACCAAGACAGAGUUGUUAUAUGUAGUUGGCUGGAGUAUAAUAGCAUUUCACCAGCAAAAUCUCAAGACGCGUCUAAUCUUCACAAAUCUCUUUGAAUGUGGCAUAUGUAUUUUCUUCAAAAUUCCAUAAUCAGUUGCUACAGGCUUUUUACAGACUUUCUUGUUGUGCUUAAGAAAAGUGGAGAAAAAAGGGCAAACAAAUGAUGCACCUACCCAUAGAGUACCACUGUUCUAAGUCAUUCUUGUGAAUAUAGUAUUCUCAUUUAUGUAGAAAAGAAACAAUGGCACAAGGGACAUAUUAAACUGUGUAUAUAUCUUGUGUAGUAAACAAAAGGAGGAAGCUAUUCUGAUAUUUGAAGAAAGCAAAGUGGAUUUUGCUGCUAUAUUAAAUACAAAAAUGGUGACACAUAUGCUGAAUUAAAUGUUAAUUGUGUACAAAAGCGGUAAAACUAGUAGGGCCAACUGGGGCUUGCUAGGGAAGAUAAGGGUCAAGGAUUCAUCUUUCUAAGCCAUGUGGGGGUCAGGAUGGGGAAUUGGUGGUGGUGUUUGGGGUGUGGGAAAGUCUAAGUUUCCAGAUUAUACAGUAUCCCUUUAAGUGAGCCCUGGCUCGCCCUGCUGGGCCUUUAGGUGGGACUGAGACUGUACAGUAUGUGUAAUUCCAUUAGCAACGUCAUUCUCUGGGACAUUAACAACAAAAGCUCAACUCAACUGCAACUCUGGUCUGCCUCUACUAGGACAACCUUCAUUCUGUCUUAAAGUCACCAGCAGCCUUGUACUUUUUCUUUUCCAAACCCAAGAUGACUUAACUGUAAAAAGACAUGUUUGCACCCACUGUUUUUCUCUUGUGGUCUUUAUACAGAAAUAUUUCUGUCUUGAUUCUAUGUUGCCUUUCUAUCUUGUCAUUCCAUGUUCUCGAAUUGACUUAAUAUCUCCUAGCUACAAGGGCCACACUUCACUGCAGCCAGUACUCGCUUUACAGCUCCAUAGCAGGUAAACCCACUUGCAUCCAUCCUCGCCUUUUCUUAGUGUUAUCCCUGUGUACGCUCCCAUUUUCAUCCUGGGACAUGCUUCAAAAAGAGUCGGUGUGAAUUGUAUGAAUAGGGAUAACAGUAUACACGACAGCAGACCAUCUCGAAGGCAUUCUGGGUGUUACACAAGAGACGAAUGAUGCAAGUUGUUCAAUCAGGGAUAUUAAAAGAGUUUGAGAGAAGUUUAAAGUUCUACUCGUGUAGAAUUAAACUGAAAAACCAUGUCUCAUCAUGUCUCUGCAAGCCAUUGUGAGAAAAUAUGGCAAUUCAGGUAGUCUGAGAGCAAACUUGAUUUCUGCACGUCCUCCUGGUUCUGGUUUCAGACUUCAGAAAAAUCGAAUCAGCGAUGAGACACUUCAGCCAGUCACAGGGCUUCUCACCUUGGCUUAACCAGGAUUUUUACUCAAAGCAGGACUUAAAUCCCAGGUUUAGGUGGACUAUAUUUGCAAAUUUGAAAAUGUGCUCAUCUGGUGGGAUGGGUUUAGAAGAGAGAGGGCAGAGCUGCAGGAGAAAGGCUAAAUAUCCUCCAAGUCUUUUUGUUUUUGUUCUUCAGAUUUCUGCUUGAUGCAGCUUUUAGGUGUUGAAAUUUCACAUUUAAUGGUGCGUUGAUCUGGCAAUUUGUUAAUUUCUACCAACAAUCAGUUUAUCCAAUACCAUGAAUGUCCUCAAGAUGAGUCUGUGUGAAAGUGUGCUCAGUUAUUCACAUUCUUAAACUACUGCCAGGUUAAAUCGCUCUUCAUGUGACAGCAGUGUUUUCACCCUGCAUCUGAUCAUGGACGUGUAAUACCGCUCUCCUUUGCCUUCAUAUGUGACACUAGUUUGUAUGGAGCACCACUGCUAUUAUACAAAGGAUCCCCUUUGAGUUUGCAGAGCAUUGCAUGUGAACCUGUAAAUCCUGGUGUCACUCCUUAAUUUGUGUGUUAUUUGAGUUUGUGUUUCGGUAUUUAAAUCAGUAUCAGAACCCACUGUAUCUCUUUUUGAGAAUCCUACCUUGCCUCUUCUCCCUGUAUCUCAGAUUGAUGGGAGGCAGCGGUACACUGUUGAUAUGCAGCCACCGUGCAAUUUCAAACUUGUCCACUGGUCACCAGGGUUGAUGGUUUCUGAAUGGCAGUAGCAAUGUGACUCAAACCCAAUAAAGUAGAUGCACUCUGUGCAGUCUAGUCAAAUAUGCAGCCAAGAAAGGUACACAAGAAGCAUUUUUUGUGCUGUGUGUGCGGUGAUGGAGGGCCAAAACCGGGGAGCUAUCAGGAACUAUGCCAGCAGCUCUACAGCUUCAAACCACGCACUGACAAAUUCCUACAGCUGUGAAUGUAUCGGCUCUCUCAGUAUCAACAGUCAACUUGCGUAUUUCAGCCCAAAGGUCGUGGAGCAAGUUUGUGAGCAUGCAAAUACCCACUGCACGGGUCUGUCUCUUUCUCUUGUUAUGCAAAGUCUGGGUCAACGUGUCUGUCCACUCAGUCCCACUGGAUCACAAAGGUUGUUUGACCUAUCUAUGCUAGCAGGAUCCAUACACUGUGACGUUAGGGUCAAAGAUUAUCACGUUCUCCCAACAUGAUUGCCCUCCAUCAUCUCAGAGACCUACAGUCUGAUGCUGUUGACUACUACAGGGAAUGUGUGGUGGCUGCCGCAGCAGGGUGUGGGUCAUGGAAGGGCUCAGGCUUUGCUCAGCUACAAAAAAUCGUUCUCGUCUCGGGUCUGCAGUGAGGCCUUUAUGGCAACAAGGGUAGCAGAAAGCUUUAUCAUAUUUUAUUUGGUGCCUAAGUUUGACAAGACUUCUUUUACUUUUCACUUCGAAUGACAAGACUGCAUGUGAUUGUGUGUCUACAUUAAUGUCUGCAUUACCUGCUUUAUAGAUAUCAUCCAAAAGCUGAGAAUUCUCUUUAAAAAAAACAUACAGUAAUUACCGUAUUGAAAAGGUCACUUAAUCAAAAAGAAAAUACCUCCUUUUAAAGACCAAUGUGUUUUACCUCACUGUAUAUAUAUAUAUUCUUGAUUUGUUUACUCCAAGUUUGCAAUUAAUCUUUCUCUUUUGUUUCUAUGAAAUGCUUAACGUUGAAGACGAUAAUUUGUUUCUUUUCCGUGGUACUUUUUGUCAGAUGGCAUUGUAUUGUGUUUGUGUUGUGCCUGAGCAGUAUACUAUUCCUCUUUUACCAUGCUCUGUAUAUUACCUGUUGGUUGUGUUCUGCGUGAGCUGUACAGUCAAAGCGCUUUACAAAUGUCCAAGCCCCUUCUGAGCUCUGGUUACAAAUGCCUUGUUCAAUAUGUUCUUUUGUUUAACGAAAAAAGAGUCAAAGUGGAGGUAGAGGAGGCUGGAAGUGAGGGAAAGGACUGUAAAGCAAAACCCCUUAACAACUUUCCAGCCAUCCUCACCUCACAACACUCUUGGAUUUCUAAACAUAUUCUAAUCUUGACUUUUUUAUAUAGUGUGUACAGAUGAAUGAGAGAUCAACAUAGGAACUAGAGGAUUGACACUUACAUUAACUUCUAACAUAGCUGAAGUAGAAAAUGGUGUGAAUAAAGAAACAAAAUUUCAGUACAA